AUGAAGGUGUCUUGCAAUGUGGAUAUUUCCAAGUAUCCUUUUGAUGAGAACAUGUGUGAUAUUAGAGUCAUUGCGUGGAUGAAUGACGUUUCAGAUAUUAACAUCAUAACAGGGCUUAACCCUAUUAAUAUGGAUCGGUUUGUCCUUAACAACGAGUUCGUGGUUCGGCCUGAUGGAGUCCAGGGUGUGUAUUUAUACAGCAACAAUCGUACCUACAAGAUGUUGCUCUUAAGGCUAAAAUUAAAGCGACGGCCUGCGUACCUCAUCAUAUCGCUACUGGCUCCCGUCAUCAUGCUGUCUAUCCUGGGACUCUUCUCCUUUCUAUUACCACCUCAUGUGAAUGAGAAGAUUUCCUUUGCAAUCGCCGUCUUGCUGUCGUUUACGAUGUUCCUCAACAUGAUAUAUGAAGACUUACCGAAAGACUCAAUUAAUAUCCCGUACUUAGUCGUGUACAUAGCCUUCCUGCUGCUGAUUUCGUUCCUGUCAGUCAUCGGGAACUGCAUGGUGAAAGUCGUGCACUCCAUGGACCAGAGAGCCAACCUGGAGGAGACCCAGCUAUCUAGAAACCUAUGUAUGGCUCUCAAUUUGUUGUCCUUUCCGCUGGAUAGGUUCGGUGACGGUGACACCGCCUCUAGACUCAACAAACUCUUCCUGAUAUUGAACUUCACAUCCUUGCUUGUCGUUAAUGUCGUGUUCUUUUCUGCUGCAUUAACUUAA